AUGAAGUCUAUCGUGUCACUCACCACACUAUUCACGCUGGUGGCUGCUCUAGCAGUGCUGCUAGUAAGCAUGCCGUCGACAGCUUCCACCACCGACCCGACGAUCACGCACAAGGUGUACUUUGACAUUUCUCACAACAACAAAGACAUUGGGCGUAUCGUCGUCGGUCUUUACGGCAAAGAUGUGCCGAGAACUGCUGAGAACUUCCGUGCUCUUGCCACGGGCGAGAAAGGGUUUGGUUACAAGGGCUCCAAAUUCCACCGUGUGAUCAGCUCGUUCAUGAUCCAGGGCGGAGACUUUGAACGCGGAGACGGCCGAGGCGGCUACUCGAUCUAUGGCGGCAAGUUCGACGAUGAAAACUUCAAGUUCAAGCACACCGGACCGGGCAUUGUAUCCAUGGCCAACGCAGGACGUAACACCAAUGGCGCUCAGUUCUUCAUUUGCACCGUCAAGACAAGCCAUUUGGACGGAAGACACGUCGUCUUCGGUAGGGUCCUCGACGGCAUGGACGUCGUCAAAUAUAUCGAAAAGGUUCCCACGGGCUAUGGCGAUAAGCCGGUUCACGAUGUCCUUGUCAAAGACUCUGGUGAACUGCCCGUUGACGCUGACGAAAAGGUGAAGGACGAACUCUAG